CUACGGAGUAAUAAUAAGCAGAGGCCGCAAAAGGGAUUCAAUUUGUUCUUGGUAACAUCACAGGGUACCGGCGGAUCUGAGACCAUCCGCCACAAUCACGAGAGGGAGUUACCGGCAGAUCUUCCACCGCGACGUGAGGGGAUUUGUUUCGACGGUGGGAUUUCAUCCCUGGUGACGGCAAUUCUGCGCAUCCAACUUCGAUUGGAGGGAGACAGGCUUCCCUACGGUGGCUGAUUUUCAUGACCAGAGACCGAGACGUACUGCACACACGCCUCAAAUUGCGCCAAGAUGGAGUCGCGCCCGACUGAGAGAACACGCGUCUUGGCUCUCCAGCAACGGCGGGAUUUCAGCAUCGACGCCAGCGAGAUGAGUCAUUUUGCCUGAUUACUAAUUUUAUUUUUGUAGUGUUGUAUAUUUCUUGGAACGAAAAUAAAAUUUAAAGAGAUUGAUGUGUGAAUUAGCUAGCAUAAAGAGAAGAGAUCGGGUUUACCUAGGGUUUCAAAAUUUAUCUAUAAUUUCUUAAGAUGUGUAGAAAUUUCUAUUUCAAUUGCUUAAAUUGGCUUAUUUCUUUUUACAAUUGCUUUUUGGUGUUUGUAUUUGAAUUUGAGUAAUUGUUUUUUAGGAAUUGUGUCCAUGUUUUGUCAAUUCCAGAAAAUGAUUCUAAUUUGAGAUUAUCUGGCUACAAUAGGACCAAUAUUUCUUUAGGGCCUUUAAUUAGUUUUUCUUCUGCAGUUGAGAUGCUUCUAGUCCUUCUACCCAUCAUGGAUCUCUUGGUUUCUUGUAUUGCAAAACUACCUAUUUCAUCAUCAUCCGUUAUAGUGUGAACCAAGAUCCAGUCCAACAAUUUCUUCAUUUCUUAUCUUAUUGAACUUUUACAAUACUCUUUAUUGUAUAUUAAAACUAAUUUUUUUAAAUUAAUUACAGAUAUCGAAGUGUAGAUAUCACUUUAAGUAUGAGUAGAUAUCACUAUAGUUAUGAGUCCGGAUGCCCUUUCAAAAGUCUUUUUCUUUAGUUAAAACCUCUAUUGUGACAUGCUUUUGUUAUUAAACUAGCACUAUCUUCCAGUGAAGCUCACAUGCAAUAGUGAUAGGUUUUACGAGUACUCAUUUAAUAGGAAUGAGUUAGUCUUACCUUUGAACUAUUAUUAAAUCAGUAGUUCUCUCUAUUAUGAGACCUAAUUAUUCUUCCCGAGAGCAUUUGCAAAAAUACCAUGAAGGGUCAACUAAAUCUGCAUCAAAUACCUCCAGUGUACCUUCCAAUGGGGGAUCUGUGACACCUAAUAAUGCAAAAUUUGGUAAAAGGAAAUGGCAUUUAGAGCUGCUUGCGAGGAGGCUGUUGGCUCAACUACCAAAAUACAUGCAAAAUACAUGCGGUGAGCUUUGGCGAGAAUCCAUCACAGUAAGGUUCCCAUGCCACCAGGCAGGUCCAAGCUUAUUUGGGACUUGGGAGAAGGUUGAAGACAUUAAGAUGAAACACUAUUACUUUGAAAAAGUGUAAACAUCAUAAGUUAGAAUGUUUCAGUGAUAUUAUGAGAGGAAUAUAAUGAAUAAUGCCAGAAGAGCUCAUAAGUUGUCUGGGAACCAUUACACUGUGGUAGUAAAGUUUUUGAAUGCUCAAAAUCAAGGUGGAUUGCUUCUUGAAUUGACUUCUACUUUCUAUACCAGAUAAAGUUGCAGAAUUAUGUUGACAAAUUGAGAGAUUAAGGCCUCAGAUGUUUGUUGUACACUUGUCUUUAGUUCUAGACUUCUAGAAAACAUAAUACUUCUGCUCUUAUAUGUUUACUGAGAGUUUUGGUUACAUUUGAGAGAUAAAGACAUGUGUUAUAAUAUGGUAUAUUCUUCUUUAUUGUGCACGAGUUCGUUUAACCUAUACAAAGCAGAUAUUCUAUUGUGUCUUGCCUUUAGUUCUCUUGUAGUUUAAAUCAAAGAUGGUCGUAUCCAAAUGAUCAUUUAGAA